AUGUCCCAAACAAAGAAACCGAGAGUUGACCGAAACGCCGUUUUUACUGAAGCGGAGAAUAAGAAGCUGAUUGCCCUUCAUUUAGAAAAUAGAGAGCAGUUUCAUGGAAAAUUCAAAUCCGGAAGAUACUCAUUUUUCACCGAGUCUCUAGAGAAGAAGAAAUACAUGGGGACAGGCGGAGAAGCUCUUGCGGAAAAGCACCAUAUCGCCGGAGUACCCGGUUUAGAUGAAGAAUCGGAUGGCGAGCUCGAAUAUAAGUCUGACGAUGCACUUGUUCCGAACGGGUUAGGAACAAGUUUCGGGCCAAUCACCAUCAGAGAUGUAAUUGGGGAAGAAGAAGAGGUUGUUUUGGAUGAUUCACCUGAAACAUUUGAGGAAGGUCGUAAAAAACCAGCAACAACCGACCUGGCAUUAUCAAAACUUUAG